AUGUUUAAUUAGUUAUUAAUUAUGAUUUCCCAUAAUCUAUAAUUACUUAUGUACAUAGAGUAGGUAGAACGGGAAGAGCUGGUAAAUAAGGGAAGGCCAUAACUUUUUACAUUGGCUAUUGUGUUAAAAGUUUCAGGAUGUUUAGUACCUGAAUGGUUAUUUUAAUUACCAAUUGCUAAGAUGUAACUUAAAAAAAAGAGAGAACUUUUCCCUGUCAAGAGAGAAAAUAUAGAAGAUUAAUGA